CGUCUUUCGCUGGUGUUAGUGCGCUGUUGUGCUGUCAAAACGGAAUCGUUCAUUUGUUGACAUAUCACCAUAAACAAACGCCUACAGCAAACGCGUACAGCAGCCAGCGAUGGACGAAAAGUGUCGAUUAUGUUUGGCUCGGCUGGAAAAUCAACGCUCAAACGCCACCAUCGAGGAGGAGGGUUUCAGAGAAAAGCUUAAAACACUGUUCAGCUUCCCGAUCACCUCAAUCGAAGCAUUCCCAUCGACGGUGUGCGUGCAGUGUGAGGCAAGGGUGUCCGAUUUCCACACCUACCAUGAGCAGGUGAAAAGCAACCAGGAUCAGCUGUGGUCGACCCAGCAUCAGAAGUAUUUCGAAGAGGUCAAGGUAGAGCCCGCCCCGGAUGCCGACUAUGACGUGUUUGAGUUGCCGUUCGAAGAAGCGGAACCGGUUGAAGGUGCGCCGAAGGAGAGCUGUAAAAAUGAACCCGAUUCAAAGUGCCAACAACAGCAGCUGCAGCAGCUGGACGAGCUGGCCAUAGACAGUGAUCUCGACGAUGGGAUGAAGCUGGAGGAUGAGUACAAUCCUCCGAGCAGCAGCGCUGCCAGCAACAAUAAUUCAGACGACAAUGAGUACGAGGUGAAACCCCGGAGGUCGAAACGCGUGACGGACAUGGCAGACCGCACGAGAACGACACUGCGCGGACGGCCCCCGAAAAGUGAGGCAGGCACGAGGUCGCCCGGUGAGCAGAAGAAAAAAUCUCCCAUCGUGGGGCGGCGGUGCCAGGCAAGGAACGAAACCAACCAAAAGCUGCGCGAGUUUUAUGACAUGAAGUGCGAGAUGUGCGAGGAGCAGCUGGAAUCGUUCAGCGCACUGAAGAAACACUGCUAUCGAACGCAUCGAACGCGCGGCUACAUCAAGUGCUGCGGGCGCAAGUUUCACAGCCAGUACCGGUUGCUGGAGCAUCUGUCCUACCACGUCGGCUCGAGCAUGGUGCGGUGCGAGGAGUGCAACAAAACGUUCAGCAGCCGAAGCUACCUGCUAGUGCACAGGAGCCGCGUCCACGGGCAGGCCGAGGAUCGGCCGUACAAGUGCACCCAGUGCCAUCAGUCGUACGCGUUGGAGUGCCACCUGAAUGCGCACAUCGUGUCGCACGUGCGGGUCAACUGUACGAUCUGCGGGAAGGAGCUGGCGAGUGCGCUUUCCCUCCGCACGCACAUGAUCAACAUGCACGGCAACAGGGAGAACCACAUCUGCGACACCUGCGGGCGCGAGUUCCGCAGCCGGCCGGCGUUCGAGCGGCACGUCAAGCUACACCUCGGGCUGGAGGUGACCAAACAGGUGCAGUGCGAGGUGUGCCACAAGUGGCUCAACAGCAAGCGGGCGUUCAAGGUGCACCUGCAGCUGGUGCACAUGGAGGCGGGCCAAACGUUCCAGUGCGAUAUCUGCUCGCAGCAGUACCCGAACAGCCGGGCACUGGCCAACCACAAGCAGCGCGUGCACGUGGAGGAGCGGUUUAAGUGUGAGGAGUGCGGCAAGCUGUUCAAGCGGCAGCUCUACCUGAAGGAGCACGUGGCCGCCCUGCACACCCGCAAACCGCUCUACUCCUGCGAGGUGUGCGGUGCUACAUUCAACUCGAACGCGAACAAAUACUCCCACCGCAAGAACAAACAUCCGGUGGAGUGGGAAGAGCGCCGGAAACAGCAACUGCAGCAGCAACAGGAACAGCAGCAGAAGCAGCAGCAGCAGCAACAGCAGCAGGAGCAGGCAGUUAGUUUGUAACAGGGGCAUAGCUUAGCUUCUCUAUGGAGCGCAAAUACUAAUAUUCCCAAAUCCCAUCAUAAUUUAGGUGUCACGUAUGGAUUUAAGAAAGUUUAAGGUCGAAUGCUAUUUAAUUAUACAAAAUCGAGAUUUUCUAAUGCAAUGAUACAUAUUUGUAUGCUGGUCAUGUGAGUAGAAUCACACCGAACAGUUCGACUUUGUGAGAUGGUUUUAGACCUGUCCACAAGAACAAGAGGUCCCGACUGAGAUGGUUCCACAGAGGGGGUUUUGAGCUGAUUCGGAGAUAAUGUUUUGGUGGGAAAGAUGCAUCAUUAUUUAACAAAACUGGCAACAGAUUCACAAAUUAAGCAACCACAAAAACGGAUUUUCAUUAGCAAUUGAAAAAUAAAAUGAAAAAAUCACAUU